AUGAGGCUGCUGCUCAACCGAGUAAUUAUCAUAAAACUGUGGGUGUUAGUAGCACUUGCCAUUAAAAAUCCUAUCAUCCCAGGAUGGAAUCCAGAUCCUUCUAUCAUUCGUGUCGGCGAGGAAUAUUUCCUCGUGACUUCGUCCUUCGAGUACUGGCCUAGUACUCCAAUUUACAAAUCAAUGGACCUUGCCAACUGGGAGCUUUACUCACAUGCUUUCACAAGGCCGAGUCAGGCUCAAUUAUAUGGCGUUCCAACGGGCGCAGGUACAUGGGCUCCCACAUUGUCUCUUAUCAACGGCAAAUACUACAUGGCAUCCAUGACAAGGUGGACAUACGACCCAGUUGCGCGGGUGUGGCCCCGUGUCAUGUGGGUGUCCUCCCAUGAUUUGAAGACAUGGUCUGUUCCUAUUUGGGGUGAUGCGUGGGGAAUCGAUCCUUCAUUGUUCCAAGACCCAGCUUCUCAGAAGGUUUAUUUGAAUCUCAUGGCUCCAAACAAUAAUGUUGAUAGAAUUUGGGGUAUUUACCAAUGUCAAGUCAACGUGGAUAGUGGCCGGUGCAUUGGCGAGUACCAUUCUAUAUGGAAUGGGACCUUGGCGCAUAAUUCAUCUGCCAGACCUGAGGGUCCAAAGAUGUUCAAGCGCGACAGUUGGUAUUAUCUUCUUAUCGCUGAAGGUGGAACGGAUGACCUUCACCGAGCUUCUAUUGCACGCUCUGCUUCUCCUGAAGGCCCCUGGGAAGCAGCCCCAAAUAAUCCGAUCCUUUUCAAUGGUGCAUAUGGAUAUGAUAACCUCACCGUACAGUCGACUGGCCAUGCAACUCUAUUUGAUACUCCAAAUGGCGAGAGCUAUGUAGCAUUCUUGGCCCGGAGGAAGAUCAAUGGCUCGUCUCCGCUUGGCCGAGAGACUUUCCUUUCUCCUGUGCAGUGGAUGAAUGGAUGGCCUGUUGUCAACGGGGGAGAACCAAUUCGACUCAGCCAAUCGUUCGGCAAUACAACAGACCAGGUCUCACCACCAAAACUAUUUUCAGAUAACUUUGACCGAGCAACUCUCGAUCCAUCUUGGUAUCAGCUCCGAAUCCCUUACACGCAGAACUUCCUACUGAAACGGAAUGGCGCCAACGGAAUCACUUUCAGACCAAAUGUGUUUAGCCUGAGUGAUAGAGACACGCCUGCGGCUAUCUUACGGAAACAAACAUCAUUGAAUAUGACUUUCAGUGCGCAACUUUUACCAACAAAGUCUGGUCUUGGAUAUGGAGAGACAGUCGGUAUUAGUGCCUAUUUGAGCGAGCUGCAACAUCAGGAUAUUGCAGUUUCCGGUUGUGUCAACAGCACGGGGAUGUGCAUAUUUACUCGCUUGAUGAAAAACAGUACUAUCGAGUACGAUCAAGUGAAACUGAAUUCCUCAAACAUUCCAUCUGAUCUGACGCUUCACAUUCGAGCCGAACCGAUGUCCUACACGCUCGGGUACAGCUUCGGUAUGAAUGAUACAAUUCAUUGGUUGAAGGAACUAUCAUCUUCAUGGUUAGCAUUUGCAUCCACCAAUUGGUUUGUCUUUGAGGGUGCGAGCUUUGCUCUUUUCGCUACAGGGACUGGUCAACCUUGGCCACCUCAUGCCCCUGAAGUGGGAUUCUUCAGGGUGACGGAGAGAUAUUACGAGGAGAAUAUUCCCGACUAUGAUAAGUGGCAGAUCGUGGUACAGGAGUAA